UCCAGGGAAUUGCCUCUGAAAAGAUAACUUACAUCAAUUUCUACCAUUUCUAAGAGACCAUAGACAUAUCCUGUGAUUUCCUCCUCUCAGAAACCUCUCUCUUUAGCAAUGAGAAAAGUCCAUCCCACUCAUUUACGUGCAGCCCACCCACUGCUGCAGUUAGAUGCCUUUAAUCCAACUGCACUUUGCUUUGUUUGCUUGUCUCUGUGUACACUAUAAACAUGAAAUCUCUGUAUAAAGUCACUGAAAUACAACAGUGGUUUUCAGGAAGAUAUAAUAAUUGCUUUAAGUUGCACUAUAUUUGCCGUAACUAAGGUUUUGUUUGUCAAGGGAAAAGUAGGUGUGUCUGUAGCUGGUUACAUAAGUACAACAUUACAACCACCUUUGAACAGACUUUUUUUUUUUUUUUUUUUUUUUUUUUUUUUAGUUUGCCUGUCCAGUUAUGUGAGUAGAAUGUAGCCACUGAGCAGGUGGUCAGUCAGUCAGUCAGGUGUGAACAGGUGUUGUACAUCCACGGGUGUUUCAAGGGAGGAAGAAGACAAUCUUGGAGAGCACAGACCUUUCUCUUGCUGCUGGUUUGGCACUCUGUAACCAUGUGGCUGUAUAAUUUUUUGCUGAGUUUUGACCUCAAGGGGCUGCUCCUUUUUCUUUUUCUUUUCCUUCUAAUAGCAGACUUCCUCAAAAACAGGAAUCCACCAAAUUAUCCUCCAGGACCACUGGCUUUGCCGAUUGUGGGGAAUUUCCUCAGUGUGGACAAUAAACAUCCACACAUCUAUUUUACUAAGCUGGCUGAUGUCUAUGGGAAUGUGUUCAGUGUCCGCCUCGGAAGUGGCAAGAUGGUGUUUGUCGCUGGGUAUAAGAUGGUGAAGGAAGCCUUAGUGACGCAAGCUGAAAACUUUGUGGAUCGACCAUACAGUCCAACCGCUGAUAGAUUCUACUCAGGAACCUCAGGUGGUCUGUUCAUGAGUAAUGGUGAAACAUGGAAGAGACAGCGGCGUUUUGCCUUGUCUACCUUACGCAACUUUGGCCUGGGUAAAAGCAUCAUGGAGCAGAGUAUCUGUGAGGAGAUCCGAUACCUGCAGGAGGAGAUAGAGAAGGAGAAAGGUGAACCUUUCAGCACAACAGGCCUCUUCAACAAUGCUGUGUCCAACAUCAUUUGCCAGCUGGUAAUGGGGCGACGUUUUGACUACAGCAACCACAACUUCCAGACCACGCUGAAGUAUCUGUCUGAGGUGCUUUUGCUGGAGGGCUCUGUAUGGAGUCUACUGUACGAGUCAUUCCCUGCAGUGAUGAAGCACUUGCCAGGUCCUCACAACAAAAUGUUCAGCCUCUUUGACACCGUCCUAGACUUCAUCAGUCAGGAAAUAAAGAGGCACAAAAAGGACCUGGACUGCAGCAAUCCCCGGGACUACAUUGACACUUUCCUCAUUGAAAUGGAGAAGCACAAAGAGUCCGACCUGGGCUUCACUGAGACCAAUCUGGCUCUGUGCUCUCUGGAUCUGUUCCUGGCUGGAACAGAGACAACCUCCACCACCUUGCAGUGGGCCUUGGUUUACCUAAUCAAAUAUCCUGAUGUCCAGGAAAAAGUCCAGGCAGAGAUAGACAGAGUGAUUGGACACACACGCCUUCCCACCAUGGCCGACAGACCCAACCUGCCUUACACUGAUGCUGUCAUCCAUGAGAUCCAGAGGAUGGGAAACAUUGUUCCUCUCAAUGGAUUCAGAAUGGCUGCCAAGGACACAACACUGGGCAGUUACUUCAUACCAAAGGGUACGUCCGUAAUGCCCAUCCUGACCUCUGUGCUGUUUGACAAGGAUGAAUGGGAGACUCCUGACACUUUCAACCCCGGACACUUCCUAGAUGCUGAGGGAAAGUUUGUGAAGAGAGAAGCUCUCCUGGCUUUCUCUGCAGGAAAACGUGUGUGUCUUGGAGAAGGCCUGGCCAAGAUGGAGCUGUUCCUGUUUUUGGUAGGUUUACUCCAGAAGUUCUCUUUCUCUGCUCCUGAUGGCGUAGAGCUGAGCACAGAGGGAGUCACUGGAACGACACGAGUACCGCACCCCUUCAAGGUUCACGCCAAAGCUCGCUGAACCAUGCAACAUCUCAGUGAACUGUUUUCCAAUUAACCUUUGUGUAACAAACAAGUUAUUUUCAUUCUUUUGCUGCUUUUCAUUCUCAACCUUUCACUGUUGUAUGACUGGCUCUCUGCCUAUACAUUUAACUCUGUGUGAUAAAGUUAAUGUUUCAUUAACAAAAAGAUGCUGUAGUACAAUUUAUAGUUAAUAUUGAUACUUUGUCCUUGUGGUUCUUAAUAACUGACUGUAUAAAGAGUUAAUGUACAUACAUACUUUGAAAUAACAAACAAAAUUUGUUAUGUUUGCAUAAAGUAAUGACUAGUCUUAUGUCAUGUAUAAGCCAUUAGUUAAUAAUAGGCUGAGAUUACUAUAAUAAAACAACUUAAACAAAUGAGUAAUAAA